CUGACCUUAAAACCUCCUCUCGCAUCCAAUCCAACCGCGAAUGAGAAACUGCAGCAACAGACGUCUGAGCUGGGCGAGGCGCUGCUGCGUCUUCUCCCUCCAGGCUAUUCUUAGGCUCCCUCCCCGACCCGGCGUCGCUACCCCUCACCGCAUUUCCUCCCCGCCACCUCCUCCCUCCCUCCCAUUUCUUCACCCAUGCACACGCGGUGCGCGUAGCUUCGCCCUCGCCUCCUCCGGUCCUCCCACGACGACGCGCCCGGUCGUGCGUGCGUGCAUGCUGCGCGCGGCCACAGCCCCGACGACGCCGACAAGCCGACCACCGCGCGCGUGAACGACCGACCAGCCUCGCCGGACGACGAGCUCGGCUCGGCCGCGCGCUUCCCCAUGGCGCGGCCGCGGCCGCCCGGCCACAUCCGCGCCGCCCUCGAAGUCGCCGUCGCCGUCGCAUUCGCCGCGGCCGCCCUCCUGUCGCCGCGCCCCGCCGCGGCCCAGGGCACGGAGGCCGACGUGCUGAUCGCGUUCCGGAACACGCUGCGCGGGCCGGACGGCGCGCCCCCGGGCCCGCUGCGGAGCUGGGGCACGCCGGGCCCGUGCCAGGGCAACACCUCGUCGUGGUACGGCGUGUCGUGCCACGGCAACGGCAGCGUGCAGGGCCUGCAGCUGGAGCGGCUCGGCCUGGCCGGCGCCGCGCCCGACCUGGCCGCGCUCGCCGUGCUCCCGGGCCUCCGCGCGCUCAGCCUCUCCGACAACGCGCUCACCGGCGCGUUCCCCAACGUGUCCGCGCUCGGCGUGCUCAAGAUGCUCUACCUGUCGCGGAACCGCCUCUCCGGCGUCAUCCCGGAGGGCACCUUCCGGCCCAUGCGCGGCCUCCGCAAGCUGCACCUCGCCUUCAACGAGUUCUCCGGCCCCGUGCCGGGAUCCAUCACCUCGCCGCGGCUGCUGGAGCUCUCGCUCGCCAACAACCGCUUCGAAGGCUGCCUGCCGGACUUCUCCCAGCCGGAGCUCCGGUUCGUCGACGUCUCCAACAACAACCUCUCCGGCCCGAUCCCGGCAGGGCUCAGCCGCUUCAAUUCGAGCAUGUUCGCAGGCAACAAGUUCCUGUGCGGCAAACCGCUGGACGCCGAGUGCGACGGCUUGGGGGUGCCGAGAUCCGGCAUGCCGACCAUGAUGAAGAUCGCCAUCGCGCUCAUCGUCCUCGGCCUGCUCCUCUGCGCCAUCGGCAUCGCCACGGGCGUCCUCGGCCGCCGGCGGAGGAAGCCGAGGCGCCCGGCCGCCGAGUCUCUCGGCAGCGGCGACCAGACGCCCUCCAACCCGAAGCUCAACACCGCGCCGGCCGUCAACAUCGAGAACGCCGCCAGCACGAGCCAGCCGCGCGCCGCGGCCGCGGCCGGGGGCGCCGCCGCGGCGAGGCGGCAGCGGCGGGACGAGCACGGGCGGCUGGUGUUCAUCCAGGAGGGCCGCACCCGGUUCGAGAUCGAGGACCUGCUCCGGGCGUCGGCCGAGGUGCUGGGCAGCGGCACCUUCGGGUCCUCGUACAAGGCGACGCUCUGCGAGGGCCCCGCCGUGGUGGUGAAGCGGUUCAAGGACAUGAACGGCGUCGGCCGGGAGGACUUCUCCGAGCACAUGCGCCGCCUCGGCCGCCUCGCCCACCCCAACCUCCUCCCCCUCGUCGCCUACCUCUACAAGAAGGAGGAGAAGCUCCUCGUCACCGACUACAUCGUCAAUGGCAGCCUCGCCCAACUCCUCCAUGGUAACCGAGGGUCGUUGUUGGAUUGGGGGAAGCGUCUGCGGAUCAUCAAGGGCGCGGCGCGGGGGCUGGCGCACCUCUACGACGAGCUGCCGAUGCUGAAGGUGCCGCACGGGCACCUCAAGUCGUCCAACGUGCUGCUCGACGAGACGUUCGAGGCGGUGCUGUCGGACUACGCGCUGGUGCCGGUGGUGACGUCGCACAUCGCGGCGCAGGUGAUGGUGGCGUACAAGGCGCCCGAGUGCGUCGCGCCGCAGGGGAAGCCGUCCAAGAAGAGCGACGUUUGGAGCCUGGGCAUCCUCAUCCUCGAGGUGCUCACCGGCAAGUUCCCGGCGAACUACCUCCAGAAGGGACGGCAGGGCGGCGGCGACCUCGCCAGCUGGGUGCAGUCCGUCGUCGCGGAGGAGCGCACCGGCGAGGUGUUCGACAAGGACAUCACGGGGGCCCGGGGCUGCGAGGCCGACAUGGUCAAGCUGCUCCAGGUCGGCCUGGGCUGCUGCGACGCCGACGUCGACCGGAGGUGGGAGCUCAAGACGGUCAUCGCGCGCAUCGACGAGAUCCGGGAGCCCGAGCCCGCCGCCGCCGCCGACUCGACGUCGUCGUCAUCCUAGGCGAGGCGAGCACCACCGCUCCUGAUCGCAUCGUCACAUGCACCCGCGUAACUAACCAAGAAAAUCCCAGUGAUCGAUCAGCGCUAGCUGUGCAUGUAUGCACGAGAUGAAACAGAGACGAGGAUUUGCAUGGCGAUUGGCAAGCAUGGCUGGAUUCAUGGUUCGCCAACUAAAUUUGGAUGCGUUGAUCGACUGAUCGAUUUGAUGAUGAACAAGUACAGUUGAGAUGGGAUAGAUCAUGGUGAUGCGGUUUCUGAUAUGGUUCUCAUGGGGAAUUUCGAGCGUGUAAAUUGGCUUAGCUUAAU